AAGAUCAAGCUAUCGAUGAAAAAUUAAAUUCUAUUGAAAUUUCCACAGAUAAUGCAAAAGUGAUAGAAAAGGAUGAAUCUCUUGAUAAGGAAAACACUAAUUUAGAAUUUUAUAGAACAAACACAAAUAUGGAACAUAUGCGAAAUAUAAAAUCUACAUUUGAUGAAAAACAAAAGUGGAGACCACAAGAUGUUCAAACUAUAGAUCAAAUACCAAUACUUUCAGACAAUCUUUCCGAUAAUACACCUACUUCUGAAGAUUAUAAUCAAUAUUCUGAUGACCUUUCAAAUAUGAAUCGUGAGAGUUAUUUGGAAAGGCUUCAAGACCAAGAUUUUAAAAUUGCUGAAUUUAAAAAGCGUGAACUUUGGUUUAAAUCCCAACUAGAAUUGGCUAGAAAGAAUGGAUAUACACCAGAUUCCCUUGAUAAUGAUUUAAAUGAUGAAAUUGAUAAUGAGAACUUAUCAGACAGUGAAGAGAUAGGAUCUGAAAAAUUCUCAGUUAUUAGAUUUAUUGAAAUUGCGAUAAAUCAAUCCAGAUUAGCAUAUAAAAAGAUAGCAAAUAUUGAACCAAAAGUUGAAAAAACAUCAAAUUUAUUAGAUGAUGUGCAAGCGAUUAAAGAACAAUUACUUCAAAUAAAAAUACAGUUAAAAGCAACAAGGCAAGGAGUUGUGAAACCGGAUAAUAUUGAAAAAAACUGUUCUUCCAAAAAAGUUUCCGAGUGUUGUGAAAGUGAAGAAUCAAGACCGUCCAAAGAAAUUUCAGAGUGUUAUAAUGAACCGGAAAUGUUUUAUGAAAUAGCAGAAAUUGAGGAUAUGAUUCGUUUAGUUGAAUCAAAAGCGGCAAGAACACAACGACAAAUUAAAGAAAUAAAACAAAAGGCUAAUCAAAUUGGAUCAGAUCAUCAGAUGAUAAAUAUGUAUGCACAAAGUGCAGACAAACUAAUGAAAAUGAUUAAAGAUCAAUUAAUUAGCAAAGAUAAAGAGGGGUUAGAGGAAAAACUUAAAAAAACAAUUAAUACGCAUGGUAACGUUAGAACAUCAAUAUUGCAGGAUUACGAAGACCAGCAGCCAUUAAGCCAGAAAUUAAACAUUUUCAAAAGAGAAAAAUUACAACAAAUUUCACACAUGCAAACACAAGUAACACAAAUUCAAAAUGAAAAAGACUUAUUGAACAGGGAAUAUGAGGAAUUAAAGGGAAUGUACGACCCUUUAAAAAAUGAAAAUGAAAUGUUGAAAAAGUCUAAUGAACUUUUAAGGCAACAAAUUUUAACGUAUGAAAAUAUGAAAGAAAAUCUUGAACAGGAGAUAAAACAAAAAAAAUCAUCAUUUGAACAAGAAAGUUUAAACAAGGGAGCUAAAAGUGAAGAACAACAGUGGGAAGAAGAAAGAACUUUAAAAGAAUCAGAAAUUAAUUUAUAUAGAGAAAAAAACAAUAAAUUGAUCGUCACUAAUGAAGAGUUAGAGCAAAAAUUGAUUAAUUCUGAAAACAAAGUCGCUAUGUUACUUGAUCAAAUGGAAAGUAUUGUUGAAGUCUACCGAUCAAUUGGCGACGUGUUUGGUAUACAUAAUAACGAUGAAUUAUCUACGAGUAUACAUAAUAACGAAGAAGUGUCUACGAUAAACUUUGAAAUUCAAGAACCCAAAGCAUCAGAAAGUAGAGAUGACUAUUUUGAUAACUUGGUAAAGGAAAAAUAUCCAGAUCUUCCAAACUUUGUUCUUCCAGAAUAUCCAUCAUCACUUACGGAUACAGAGUUCUCAGAAACAGUUUCAUUUGAUGAAAACGAUUCUGAUAUUGACAUUGGUAAAAGUAGUGAUCAGAUUCCCACUUUGUGA